CACUCCGUUUCAGUUAUCGGAAAAAGAACAAAGAAAUGGGAAAAACGUUCACUCUCAUUCAAACGGUUGCCACCGCCGCUGCCUUCUCCGCCGUUUCUUACUGGUAUGGAUUCAUGUUUGGCAGAGAGUCUGCUCGUAAAGAACUGGGCGACUUGAUCGAAAGUCUUCGCCGUGAUGAUUCAAACUCCUCGUCUUCCUCACCAUCUUCGCAUUCUUGAUCGUUCCCAUCAUGGAAGGAUUCUCACAAGAGCAAAUUGCCAUGCUCACGACUGCUAUAGCAUUGGCUAUAAGGAUUCAGAAUAUGAUGUUGAUUAUCACUUUUUGUGUUGCUUCUUAUAAUAAGAGAUGCACCAAAAUAGAAAGUGUAAAAGAUCCAACUAUAGUAAUUAUGAGAAACAUCCCAUUAAAAGAAAGGUGUCUGAAUCUGAUUCGACUUAAGCAGUUCAUGAAGCUUUGAACAAAAUUCUAGCUGAAGAAGAUGAGGAAAUGUUUAAUGCAGAAGAUCUGGGCAAAGUCAAAGUGGGUCACUUGGAGCCCAGAUGGAAAUAGAGAAACCUUCAAUGGUGCAGCAACAAGAAAUGAACUGCUUAGGGAGACAUCCAUUCUUCAAAGGAGGGUUAGAACUAGAAAAUGUCAGGAUGACCCAUUCUUUAGCACAAUACAGAAACUUGGUGAGAUAUGUGAGGAUCUAAGUGUUGAGCUUGGUAGAUUGAUUAAUAACUUUGUGUUCAUGGCUGAUGAUGCAGUGCUGAAAGGGAAAGUGUAUGAUAUCAUACCUAAGAUUGAUGGACUUGGGGAGGAAGAAGUUGUAAAGGUUGGAGCUAUUUUAAGCGCUGAUACUGUGAAAACCAAUUACCACUUUUUACUUCCCAGUAGGUGGAUGCUACUAGGUGGAUCCCAGCAGAUAUGUUUGGGUUUUAGAGAUUGAGGCAUGUAUUAGUACUUUUGUAUUAGCUAUCAACUGUUAAAAGUUAGUACUUUAGGACUGAUAUUUUUAGAACUUUAUGUCUUUGAUGUUUUAGAUGCUAUUAUUAUGAGGCCAGUUUGGUACUGUAGUAAUGUGACUUAUUUGCUGUUUCCAUAAUUCUGAAGGACCUUCAAUUUGUUCA